AUGAUUGACGAGAUUGAUACACUAUUUUGUCAUCAAAAGACCUGGGUAAACACCUUGCCAGUGUGCCGAGGAAAAGGCUUAUGCGCUGUAAAUAAUGGCGGAUGCAGUCAUUCGUGCCUGUCAGUCAAUGACGUCACCGUGGAAUGUCGAUGCCCUCGCGGAAUGACUCUGGAUACUGAUCAAAGAACCUGCAUCAAACCGAUACCAAAGACUCUGUGCAGAUCUUUGGCUGGCUGCUCCUGCUCAUCGAUUGAUAACAAUCAGUACUCAUGUACAUGCCCGAAGGGAGCGAAAUGCCUACUACUAAAGGGACCGCCGAAACUUUACGUUGAACCUCCUGGCCCAUAUGAGGUCCCACCCGGAGGCAACAUCAACAUUACUUGUUCCGCUGUGGCUUACCCCUUCCCAGAUAUUUUUUGGCAGAGAGGCGAUGAAAAGAUUCACCACAUGCCUGCAAAAGCAGGAACCGUGAAGAACGAGCAGAUUCUCAUAAUAAAAGAGCUUUUCAAAAAUGCUGAAUUCACUUGUCAUGCGAAUAAUUCAGAAGGAAAAGUGGACAGGACUAUCUCAGUUAUAAUCACUGGACCCGGUUCGGCGCCAGUACUGCGAAGUGCUCUGUCAGGCAGGA